AUGGCAGAUUACUUUCUCAAUGAAGGUUAUUUGUUCAAAGGCAACCAGCUGUGUAUUCCAGUUUCUUCUUUAAGGGAGAAGCUCAUUCGGGACUUGCAUGGUGGAGGGUUGAGUGGCCACCUAGGCCGUGACAAAACAAUUGCAUUGAUGGAGGAGAGAUUUUACUGGCCACAGCUCAAACGUGAUGUUGGAACUAUUGUGCGCAAGUGCUACAUUUGUCAAACUUCGAAGGGGCAGGAUCUUGCUAUGGAUUUUGUCCUCGGAUUGCCCCGAACACAAAGGGGAGUGGACUCUACUGUCGAUGCAUCAAAUAUAGCCAAACUAUUUUUCAGGGAGGUUGUUCGCUUGCAUGGGGUUCCUACAUCCAUUACAUCUGAUCGUGACACCAAGUUCUUGAGUCAUUUUUGGAUCACUUUGUGGAGACUGUUUGGGACUACUUUGAAUCGUAGCAGCACUGCCCAUCCCCAAACUGAUGGCCAGACUGAGGUUACAAACCGGACAUUGGGCAAUAUGGUGCGAAGCGUCUGUGGAGAGAAGCCGAAACAAUGGGAUUAUGCAUUACCGCAGGUGGAGUUUGCAUACAACAGUGCAGUCCAUAGCGCUACUGGGAAGUCUCCAUUUUCCAUUGUUUAUACUGCUAUACCUAACCAUGUUGUAGAUUUGGUGAAACUGCCUAGAGGCCAGAAAACCAGUAUGGCAGCGAAAAAUUUGGCUGAGGAAGUGGUAGCCGUUCGAGAUGAGGUCAAGCAGAAACUUGAGCAAACAAAUGCUAAGUACAAAGCUGCUGCGGAUAGGCAUCGACGUGUUAAAGUGUUUCAAGAAGGCGAUUCUGUGAUGAUAUUUCUGAGGAAGGAGAGGUUUCCAGUUGGCACUUACAGCAAGCUUAAACCGAAGAAAUAUGGUCCUUACAAAGUGCUCAAACGGAUCAAUGAUAAUGCCUAUGUUAUUGAGUUACCGGAUUCCAUGGGAAUUUCCAAUAUUUUUAAUGUUGCAGAUUUAUAUGAGUUCCGUAAAGAUGAGGUUCUUUAUCCAGAUCAUAACUCGGGGUCGAGUUCUUCGGAGGUGGAGAGGACUGAUGUAGAACAGAUGGCAGAUUUUAUCGCGGUUGAGCAAGAAAAGGGACGUGGUGGGAAUUUGCAGAAUUGUCGUCCGAGCUCCGAUUAG